CAACUUUAACCUUUUCCAUAUUACAGUUAAACGUACGCGUUGAUGUUUGUUGAUGGAGUUGAUUUAAUAUGACAUAAUAGUGCUGUAACUGUAAUUAUAAGUUUUCAUAAUACUGUCAAGCAAACGAACGAGCAAUGGGUGUCCCAGCAUUUUUUCGUUGGCUAAGCCGCAAAUAUCCCUCCGUAAUUGUGGAGUGCAUUGAACAGAAGUCAGUAUCUGCAGAUGGGGUAUGUAUUCCUGUGAAUUCAGCAGAGCCAAAUCCAAAUGGGGUAGAAUUUGAUAAUUUGUAUCUUGAUAUGAAUGGUAUAAUACAUCCUUGUACACAUCCUGAGGAUAAGCCAGCUCCCAAGGAUGAAGAUGAGAUGAUGGAGGCUAUUUUCGAGUGUAUUGACAGAUUGUUUCGCAUUGUUAGACCAAGGAAAUUACUUUACAUGGCAAUUGAUGGAGUUGCACCCAGAGCAAAAAUGAAUCAACAAAGAUCUCGACGAUUUCGUGCAGCAAAAGAAUCAACAGAAAAGAUUAAUGAAAUAGAGAGGAUACGCUCCGAAUUGACUCUCAAAGGAGCAUCUUUGCCUCCCGAAAAACCAAAGGAAGAGCAUUUCGAUAGUAACUGUAUUACUCCGGGUACACCAUUUAUGGCAAGAUUAUCGUCAUGUUUACAUUACUACAUUCAUGAUCGCUUGAAUAAUGAUCCAGGCUGGAGGAAUAUUAAAGUAAUAUUAAGCGAUGCUAAUGUCCCCGGCGAAGGAGAACAUAAAAUAAUGGAUUUUAUACGGCGACAAAGAGCGCAACCCGAUCACGAUCCUAAUACGCAACAUGUUUUAUGCGGAGCCGAUGCUGAUUUAAUUAUGUUAGGGCUUGCUACACACGAACCCAAUUUUACUAUUAUUCGUGAAGAAUUUAAACCGAAUAAGCCAAAACCAUGCGAUAUAUGUGGUCAGUUAGGACAUGAAAUGCGUGAGUGUACAGGCGCGGAACCAAACCAAAAGCCAGAGGAGAACACAUAUGGAUCUGAAUGCCAGUUCAUAUUCGUGCGAUUGAAUGUUCUCAGAGAAUAUUUAGAAAGAGAAUUACAUAUGCCAAAUCUACCAUUCAAAUAUGAUUUUGAACGAGCUGUUGAUGAUUGGGUAUUUAUGUGUUUCUUCGUAGGAAAUGAUUUUUUGCCUCACCUCCCUUCUCUGGAGAUUAGAGAAGGCGCAAUUGACAGACUUGUUGCUUUAUAUAAAAGAGCAGUAUACAAAACCGGAGGUUUUUUAACAGAUAGCGGUGACGUUAAUUUAGAUCGUGUACAAUUGAUAAUGUCAGAGCUUGGAGAUGCAGAAGAUGAAAUCUUUAAGAAGAGGCAACAAAAUGAAUUGGCUUUUAAACAACGUGAAAAAGACAAAAAGAAGAGAAACGAGAUCAUUAGUAGUUUUAAACCAACGUGGAUUCCUGCAGGUCAAUUUGCACCCACUCCCCUUGGACAAACGGUAAAACCUAUAGAGAAUGCACGUUAUGAAGCUUAUAAAAUGCGUGUGCAGGGUAGGAAUUAUAAUACGAAUGCCGCUGAUAACACGAACGCUAAUAAUGUCUUGGAAAGCAUGCUAAGACCUGAGAAUUCGGGCAAUAAAGGACAGAAACGUAAAAUUAAUGAGGUCUCGAACGAUGACUCGGAUGAUGACCAGGCGCAUGAUGAGGUGCGACUUUGGGAGGAUGGUUUUAAAGAUCGAUACUAUGAAUCUAAAUUCGACGUAUCUCCUGAUAAUCUGGCAUUUAGAAAUAACGUUGCUUUACAAUAUGUACGAGGUUUAUGUUGGGUUUUACGAUAUUAUUAUCAAGGUUGUGCAUCGUGGCGAUGGUAUUUCCCAUAUCAUUAUGCGCCAUUUGCAAGCGAUUUUAUUAAUAUUGGCGGUCUUUCUACAGAAUUUGAAAAGGGUACUGUACCAUUUCGUCCAUUAGAACAAUUAAUGGGUGUAUUUCCUGCUGCUAGUAGAAAACAUGUACCUAAACCAUGGGCGCAAUUAAUGACAGAUCCAAAAUCUCAGAUCAUUGAUUUUUAUCCAGAAGAUUUUAAAAUUGACUUGAAUGGAAAGAAAUUUGCUUGGCAAGGUGUAGCUUUGCUUCCAUUUGUUGAUGAAAAAAGAUUAUUCAAGGCUUUGGCGCCAUACUAUGAUAGUUUAACAGAAGCAGAAAGUNNNNGAAACGUUCGCGGUGACGACAGGCUGUAUGUCGGAAUAGAGAAUAGUGGUUACAAUUUUGUAAAAGGUCUGUACAAGAAUCGUAUAGGAUUCGAUAAGGAGGUCGAGAUAAGCAUAGACGGGAUGCGAGGUACUGUAUUUCUAUCGGAAGAUUGUGUGAGUGACGGUGGUACAUUGCCUUCACCUGUGAGAGGUUUACCGGUUAGGAACAACAAAGUAUACUGUAUCAAGUUUAAGGAUCCCAAGUACAAUAACAGCUACAUUUUUCUCGCUCGCAAACUAAAGGGAGCUAAAGAACCGCCGCGCGUCCUGAAGCCGCAAGAUUUCGACGCUUUGAAUCACAAAAACGGGACUCAGUGGGUACCACAAAUCGGUUUCACUCGAUCUACACAGUCAGCUUCGUUAGAACAGGCAGGACGUAGAAUGCUUGAUCAUCAUGUGAAUCGUAAUAACAGAUCAACUGCGUAUGCGAAUGUUCCUCCACCGACGAAUUUGUAUAUGGAACUUCAUGGUUAUCGGAAUGAAUACCAGUCUGGAUACAAUAGCGGUUACAACAGUGCUAGUUCGAGUCAUGUGCGUAGAGCAUGGGCAUCAGGACCAAGUUAUAGCAUGCGUCAGUCGAAUUAUCCGUCUUCGGACUAUCAGUAUCAUCGUCAUAAUUACGAUAAUCGUCAGCAAUCCUCACGGAAUAAUUAUCAGAAUACACAGCAUCAGAAUGCACAGCACGGCUACCACAGUCAACGAGGGAAUUACUCAUCAACUCGAGGAGGAGGUGGAGGAAGUGGAGGAAGUGGUGGAGGUGGAGGAGGCCACCGAGAUGCAUGGCGACGAUCGAUGUAGAUGUUACAAUAAGAGGUCGACUAAUUUUGUCGUAUAUCAUAUAAUAAAGUUAAGAACGAUUUCUAUAAGAAAUCACCGCAUAUAAUAAUUGUCUAGUUAAGAAUCAUUGUCAAAGUACGCGUUCUAAAGGAAUGCGUUAAUUCGAAUGCAGUGAGGCAGGCCGGAGUACUCGGAGAAUUUUCAGUGCAAUAAAUACGCGAUUAUCGGCAUUGCUCGAGCACUGCGUUUUUUUAAGUACUGCAAAUCCCGAAUGCUACAACGGAUGUCUUUUCUAACGCGAUGUGUAUCUCGGAGAUAACAUUACGUAUUUCUAUUUGUAAUUUUUUGGAGAACGUGUACAUGAAAUAUCAGUGUUUACAAUUAUAAAUGCACACGCAGAAUGCACGAAAUAGUCAUGGAACUUUUUUAUUAUAAAUUAUAUCUAAUUAUGAAUACGUUUAUCUGACAAAUUUCGAAUAAAUUUUCUGUGACGAUCUUCGAUUUAUAAAAUCAUCAUGGCAAUGGAAUAACAAUUUUGGUAAAGUACGACUCAAAUUCAAUAGAAAAGGAAACAGUUCAACGGAAUUUCAAUAGAAAAGAAAAUUUUGAUAUCCAUUUAUGCUUUUCCUGUUAAAUUUUUAUUCUGAAACAUUCCAAUUUAUCGGAAAAUUCGUAACAGAGAGGAAACGCGCAAAACCUGACAUAGCAUGUAUGUAUUUGCUACACUUGUCGGAAACAAUUCAUGACGUGAAAAUUCAUACCAUGGAUUAAAUUUAUGUCAUAUAAAAAAAAGCGUAAAAAAAAUUUACAAACGAUCAGUCUGAUACUUUCA